AUGUCACAGGUUGGGCCAGCUUCAGUCAGCACAGCUGUCUUCAAGGGAGGGCAUAGUUGCGUGCAUGGAGGAGCCUCCUGCAGCACUCGUGGUUUCUGGAGCGGUGCUUCUCAUGCUGGUUCCAAUACGAGCGGGAAUGUUUGGAGCAUCAAGUCGCUGACCGAUUGCUUCAAGAACACAAGGGGGGCCGUGUACCAGGACAUGAACACAACAGAAGGCGUCGUGUACGAGCUGCAGUUCUCUGCAAUUGACGCAUUUCUCGAUCAGAAAGCAGCCAACCAAUCCAGCACCCUGCAUGUCGAGGUGCAGUCUCCACCGGGGAACACAGUGCUUCACGAAGCCAUCGUUCUCAGUGGAUCUGCGUACCAGCCCGUUGAAGGAGCGGAGCAUGACCUCUGUGCCAAAGAGCUUGGCGAGCCGAGGCUCCUGGACCCUCGCUGGUAUCUUGAAGAGUUGUUGAGCAACAAGGCUCAGCAUGUCCUAUGCUGGACAAUGUGGGUGUCAGAGCUGCAUCCUCGCACCUCGAACCACUCAGGCGCCGGCAACAACAAGGACUUCCGAGCCCUCCACCACUGCAAGUACAACUGCAGAAGCCACCACCACUCCCACAACCACUUCCAGCAGUACUACGCCAAAGGCGACGACGCUAGCAUCCACCCGUUCUACAACUGCCGCCACACGGCAGUCCACGACAAAGAGGUCCACAACUACGAGUGCCACCACAAGAAUGAGGCCUUGGCUGCAGGGGCAUCUGCUGCAGCAGCUGCCCAAGCCAAAGGCCUGAAGCCUCAUCAGCAAGCCAUGGCUGCAGCGGAUGCAGCAGCGCGUGCUGCGCAUGCUGCAAACAAAACUUCAGAACAGGUGGCGCUGGCCUCUGCAAAGGCCGCGGCCCUCGCAGUACAAACUGCCGGUGGCUCCCUGCAGCAGGGCUGUGUCGAAGCUGGGCGUGCAGCCUUGUAUGCUCUGAAAUCGGAGCAAACCACUUCGACUGCCGUAGCCUCAAGCAAUGUUGCCUUUACGGCUUUGCGGUCCAUCGGGCUUCCGGAAGAUCACAUAACCGAGUGCCUAGCGCAGGCAGUCAAAACGACUUGCAGAGCAACCGGCACACAAUCUGAUGCCUUGGCGGAAUGUGCAGGGUCAACCGCCAUGGCAGCGGCACAGCAUGCUGGAAUGACGGAAGACGAACAAGCUGAGGUGGCAGGAAAAGCUGUAGAGUUGGUUAUCGCCCUUGCGACAGAAACUACACAGCCAGCAGAGGCUGCUCCGUCGACCACAGAGAACCCCGAGCUGCAAGUGCUGAUUCGGGAGGUCGAGGAGGCAAAGAAAGCUGCCCAGGAUGCCGCGAUCGCCGCUGGCAUGGCACAUGUGGAAGCGGAGAAGGCCAAGGCGACUGCAACGCUCCCACCAACCACAUCCUCCACAACCACAGUUCCCAGAAAUGCUUCGUUUGAGACGGAGGUCAUUGUGACUGAUGCCCCUCAGCCCGCAGCCGCCUGCAUAUGCAACAACUGCCCCUCCCCUCACGACUUCAACGGUGCAGACAAGAAGAGCAUGUCCAGACAGCACACGUGUGCCACGCCGAUCCUGCACUCUUGCCUCGUUGGGUCUGUCAAGGAAAAGGUGCCUGAUGAUUGUUGCUCUGGCAGUGGUGCGGAGAACGUUGUUGGAGCAACGUUUGAGGAACUCUAUUACUCAAACAACUAUGGGUCUUGCCCUACACUUACCUUCGCUGGUCCACUAGCUGGUGCUAGGGUGAAGCUCCAGUGCAACUUUGACAACACCAUCACGUACGGGGAAAACAGAUGUGGUGCAGAUUGCAGCUGCUCUUUCGAAGAUGUUUACGGCCCCGGGUGCUACAGGGCAAGUGAUGCGUUGCCGGGAACUGCCUGGUUCUUCAUGACAGCUGGUUGCGACUGCACUGAUGCAAAGGCAGUUCAGCCGCAUCAGUUUAACUUGCCACCGCUGGACCAGAACGUGAAAGCUGGGGACAUUCUGAAUGUUGGGCCAGAGGAAGCAGCAAAGGCGCUGAACCGGCAGCGACAGCAGCUGCGAACCUUCUAUGAUGAGAUGGUGAGAGACGAGCAAGUGAUGGCCGGUGUGGUUGGCAAGCUCUCGAGUGGCAAGCCGAUAGCAGAUGCUAUCUUUGGCAUGGACACGGGAGAGAUUCCAGAGAAGGCCACGAAGCGGAUGCUCGAGGUGGCGACUCAGGAUCCUGCUUCGGCAAAAUACGCCAUCAAUGCCACUGUCUCCAUCAUGGGCCAUGCGCUCUCAACGUUGAAAUCAGGUAAGCCACUGGCAGAUGCUAUUUUUGGCGGAGACACGAGCCACCUUAUCCAGCCACACCUGAUCCAGCGCCCCAACGCAGCAAAUGGCCCAGGUGCACCGGAUUUCUCCUUGCCCCCGUCCUCCUUUGGAGGCAACUUUCCGAACUUUCACAGCCAAGCCUCAAAUGAACCAGUGGUGGAGACGGUGCGUUUUGUCGGCGAGUUCAAAGCCAUUAUUGGAGACAACGUCGAGCAAUUCCUAAAGGAAUGCUCCGCAAAGCUGAAGCCCGUAGCAUGCAAAGAUGCUCGCCCUGGCUCGGUGGUCGUGACUCUUGCAGCUGCCAGCUGGUCUGAUCUUCACGCUGCGAAUGAUCUCAUAGAAAAGGGCAGCUUUGAACUUCCGAGCUUUGGGAAGUUCGAAAAGGAAAAGGACAGCUCGAACGCUGGACCAAAGUCUGCCAAGCAAGCCUUCGAUGCAGCCGCGGAGCAGACCCCGGAAGAGGCAAAGGCUGACCUGCUCAAUCCCGACAUCACCGCCAAUGAUGUGAAGACAGUGCAGAGCAUCUUUGACAAAAUUCACGAGGAGGAGGAGAAGGAGGCAGAAGAAGGAAAGCCUUCCCGUUCGAGCGCCACAGCUCACGUGCCGACAGCGGAAGAGAGAUCUGCAUCCGAUGCUAUUGUCGGGACAAUGCUGCUGCUCUUUGGGUUUGGCUGCAUUGGAUUCUGUGUGUAUUAUUGGGCAGCCGCUUCCAAGCGGGUCAAGCAGAGGCUUCAAACUGCUGCAUCCAAGCGGCUGAUGAAACGUGGCAAGGAAGGCGAUUCCCAGUUGUAUGUCACCAGCACUCAGGGACUUCAGCCAGGUGAGCAAGUCAGCCUUGGAAAGGAAACAGUCAGCGUAGAGAGCCUCGGCUUUGCAAUUACCAUCAGCGAAGGACUUCCUGAUGCUUGCAAAUCUGGAGACGCUCUCAUCAGGGUUCGAGAGCUUCGAGAAGCGGCUUCUGAAAGCGCUGCAGAGGCUGCGGAUCAGAAGGCUGUUCUCUUGAAAGAUGUUGCCAAGGGCGACAAGGAAGUUCUGGUGACUGGUGCCCUUGUUGUCAAGAAGGGCGAAAGAGUGAAAAUUGGUACCCUAGAGCAGGAGCUCGUGAUCAAGUCAGUGGGUAAGAUCGUGAUGGUGACUCCGGCCUUGAAAACCACGCAUGCUAUAGGUUCAAAGCUGCGAAAGGCAGGUGAGGCCGAGCAGACAACUGGAAGCACCGCGGAGGACGCUGAUAGGGAAGAGACAGCAGCAGAAGAGACAGCGGGGGAAGAGACAGGAGCAGAAGAGCUAGCAGAAGGUACUGCUGACGAGAAGCCAAAGGAAGCAGGAGAUGCGCCGAAAGAUUGA